AUGGUCUUACACAACCCCAACAAUUGGCAUUGGGUGAACAAGGACGCUUCCGGUUGGACAAAGUCAUGGCUUGAGGACAGCAUCAAAGAUGUCAAGGCUGAGGAGGGGGGUGUUACGGCCCAACUAGACAAGGUGGUCAGCAUGGACGGAGACGUCGAUGUCAAUCAGCGAAAGGGGAAAGUGAUAACCAUCUUUGAUGUCAAGCUUGUUCUGGAGUAUUCAGGCAAAACCAAGGAUGACGAGGACGUUAGUGGCACCAUCACCGUUCCAGAAGUUGCCCACGAUACUGAAGAAAACGAGUAUGUUUUUGACAUAGACAUUUACUCGGAUGCAAAUUCUAAAGCACCUGUCAAAGACCUUGUCCGUGCAAAAAUUGUUCCCCAAUUGCGAAAACAAUUUGCUAAGCUUGGCCCGGCGUUGAUCGCAGAACAUGGCAAAGAUAUCCAACACGCUCCUGGCUCUGGGCCAGUAAGUGGUACGACUACGCCAAAGAUCCAUACACCAAGCUCAGGUCCAUCGGCCUCGGCUUCGGCCAGCACACAGAGCAACAAGGUUUCGUCGGUCAAUACAACCACCGUUACGGACACUGAGGAAUUCCGUGCCCCAGCUAGCGAGCUAUAUCAAACCUUCACUGACCCUCAGCGCAUCACAGCUUUCACCCGUGCAGCACCAAAGCUGUUCGAGGGUGCUAAGAAAGGCGGAAAGUACGAACUCUUUGGUGGCAAUGUCUCUGGUGAAUAUCUAGAACUUGUCGAGCCAACAAAGAUCAUUCAAAGCUGGCGACUUGAUCAAUGGCCAAAGGGACACUUCUCCAGACUCGAGAUUAGCUUUGAUCAAAACGAUGUCGACAAUGUUACUGUCAUGAGAGUUACCUGGAGUGGAGUUCCCAUUGGCCAAGAGGAAGUCACAAAGAGGAAUUGGCGAGAAUAUUAUGUGCGAAGUAUCAAGCAAACAUUUGGCUUCGGCACCAUUCUAUAA